UCAUCAAUCACCGUAGGUCCUACAUUUUAUAAAUCUAACCGACCACAUUAGUCACACUAUUAUUCUGCAACCCCUGUGCAAUGUAGAUGGUGUUGUAGCACACAAUUGAACGAAAAACCAGUUUUAUUAUUCAUGCACAGCUGGAAAAGAAUAAGAGGGUGAAAUAAAAUCUGCCUCGAGACUGUACCUACUACAAUCGACUACAGUUCAGUAUAUCACUGUACGAGCUAACAGACAGAAGCACCAGAGCAACAAAGAAUUAUCAUCAUGAACAUGAAAACUUGCUUUGCAUUUUUAGUCUGCGCAAUGAGUAUUGCCGCAAUAAACGCCACAACGCAUGCCCCAAUACCUCUACAAAAUAAGUUGGAUUUGUCAAUUUACUAUAGUGCUCGUUCUACAGAUAGCAUAAAAUUCAUUUUAACAAAACUUAAGCCACUCUACUGCAAAAUACAAAAAUAUGUGGAAUUAAACUUGGUGCCUUUUGGCAAAGGUUAUAGCACAAAUAUUGGAUUCUUUUGCCAGAAUGGCCAUAUUGAAUGUCGUGCUAACACAAUACAUAACUGUGUAUUUAACAAAUUGUCUAGAAAUUCUACAGCUCAUAUGGAAUACUUGAGUUGUGCAUUGGAACACGUUGAUAAUACAAUUCAUGUUGAAGAAAAGUGUGCUGGUCAUAUUGGACUCAGCAUAGAUGAAAUUCAAUCUUGUGCUACUAGCCGAGAGGGCUAUUUGCUAAUGCUGGAAGCUGAAAUACAAACUAAAGAUCAAACACAUGGACCUCGCUUUGUACCUUCAUAUGUAUUUGAUGAAUUUUACAACGAACGAGAUCAAAGACUCGCAAGCACCGACUUUGAAUCAACACUUUGUGGAAAAUUAAUCAAAGACCAUGGGUUUUUAAAUGUUUGCAGUAAGGUUAAUAAUGUUUUGAGAGUGAAUGAAGUUUGUUAAAUACUCAAGAGCUUCGCAAGUACCAAUCGGUAUUAAUUAAUAAUAAUGAAUUUUAUUUUUUUUCAUCAACUAAUAACUAUAGAAUAAGAUUAAUUUUAAGGUUAUACAUUAAAAAUGUACCUUUUCAUUUUCUAUAAAAUAAAAUAAUAUGUAAAAAAUUAAAAUUGUAUUAAUUUAAUAAUGUUAAGUUUUGGUAUUCUAAAAUAGUGAUGAAUAUAUUUAUAUAAUAUAAAUCAUUCAUAACAUCCAUAUCAU